ACUUCUUCCAGGCUCCUGGGUGGCAGACUGCUCCAGAGCUAAUCUCGUUUUCAGUGACAGCCACAACUAUUUCUACGGCCGGGUUUCCUGGAUCCGCCUCCCCACCCCCUCUCGGGGUCCUUUGCCCCAAAGGACUUUGCCUUUCCUUUCCCAGUUGGACACCUGGCACCCUCCACAACCGGACAUGCCUGCAGAAGCCCGCGGGCGGGAGCCGCUCCAUCUGACUCUUCCACCCGGGACACAUCCAGCAGGAGGCAAUGCCCGAGGUGGCGACGCGACAGUGAAGCCUGCACCGGGAGCUGCCCGCCGAGCUGCCCAGGCAAAUGAAGAUAAAACAAUGUCCGCCAACCUAAAAUACCUUUCCUUGGGAAUUUUGGUCUUUCAGACUACCAGUUUGGUUCUAACGAUGCGUUAUUCUAGGACUUUAAAAGAAGAGGGACCUCGUUAUCUAUCUUCUACAGCAGUGGUUGUUGCUGAACUUUUGAAAAUAAUGGCCUGCAUUUUAUUAGUCUACAAAGAUAGCAAAUGUAGUCUAAGAGCACUGAAUCGAAUACUGCAUGAUGAAAUACUUAAUAAACCUAUGGAAACUCUGAAACUUGCUAUUCCAUCAGGGAUAUAUACUCUUCAGAAUAACUUACUUUAUGUGGCACUAUCAAAUCUGGAUGCAGCUACUUAUCAGGUCACAUAUCAGUUGAAAAUUCUUACAACAGCAUUAUUUUCUGUGUCUAUGCUUAGUAAAAAAUUAGGUGUGUACCAGUGGCUCUCCCUAGUAAUUUUGAUGACAGGAGUUGCUUUUGUACAGUGGCCCUCAGAUUCUCAGGAGCUUGAUUCUAAGGAACUUUCAGCUGGCUCUCAAUUUGUAGGCCUCAUGGCAGUUCUCACAGCAUGUUUUUCAAGUGGCUUUGCUGGGGUUUACUUUGAGAAAAUCUUGAAAGAAACCAAACAAUCAGUUUGGAUAAGAAACAUUCAACUUGGUUUCUUUGGGAGUAUAUUUGGAUUAAUGGGUGUCUACAUUUAUGAUGGAGAAUUGGUGUCAAAGAAUGGAUUUUUUCAGGGAUAUAACCGACUGACUUGGAUAGUUGUUAUUCUUCAGGCACUUGGAGGCCUUGUAAUAGCUGCUGUUAUUAAAUAUGCAGAUAAUAUUUUAAAAGGAUUUGCAACCUCUUUAUCCAUAAUAUUAUCAACACUGAUAUCCUAUUUUUGGCUGCAAGAUUUUGUGCCAACCAGUGUCUUUUUCCUUGGAGCCAUCCUUGUAAUAACAGCUACUUUCCUAUAUGGUUAUGAUCCCAAACCUACAGGCAAUCCUACUAAAGCAUAGUAUAUACUAUCUUUAACUGGUUUUUCACAAUGGUGCACUAGGAAUCUCAACAUUAAUCUUGCAUAGAGGACUUCUACAGAUUCAAAGAAGAUAUCAUCACGCUGAAUCUCAUCAUAUUCAAAUGGUUUGAAAAUAUAAACAUUUAAGGCUAAAAUAUGUGUAUAUGUUAACAAAAUACCUAUUACAUCUAGAAAUCAAAGCUUGAAAGUACUUCCAGGGAUUGGAAUAAUUAUUGGAAAAAUAAUUAUUGGAAAAAACUUGAAAUCUGAGUUUAAAAAGAUUUUACCUUUUGAUUGCUGCAGAAAUGUCCUAUGCACUCUUUGCAAGAGCACACAACAAAUGUCCGAUACCAAUUUUUGCAAAUUAGAUCUAUUUAAUCUUAUUAAAUGUUUUUUAUCUUUUUCUGUACAGAUAUAUCAAAUCACAUGGAAUAUUCAAAGUUUGAAAAUUAUAAUUAUAAUUGCCUAUAAAGCUGUGAAGAAAUAGAAGUAUGAUUUGAAAAACA